AUGCUGGCCGCACGCGAUCAGGAGAAUCUGGUCUACGGUCACCACCAAGCAGCAGCAUCGAAGCCCCUCAACCAGAGUAGCAGAGGACUGCAGCCCAAGACGCCAGGAAACACAUACCCCAAGACUCCACUCAAGAUCCCUCUCAACGAUGAGAAUGCGCCGGUAGGAUUCGCAGGAAAGUCCGGCAAGAGCAAGGGGCCGGAUGGGGGUUUGAUGACAGUCAAGAAGAGCGCGACAUUCGACAAGAAUGCGUUUGUCACACCGAUGGGUCCGCGGACUCGCGCCCCCCUCGGUAUGAAGACCACCAAUGCCAAAGCCAAAGCGUUCCACACGCCCGCUGGAGCCGCCCCAGAGAAGGAAGUCGAAAAAACACAACCCAAGCAGCAGACCAGUGCCCGUCGACCCAAGAAGCUGAUCCACGCCGAGGCUGUCAAGUUGCAGGUACAUGGGGAUGAGAGUCCGUUGGCAGACAGAGACGUUGAAUACUGUCCACCCAAACCCAAAGACCUACCUUACCAGUCAACCGACUUUCCCGACAACUGCCUCGACUACUCAGUCCUCCAGCCCGGUAAUCUUAUGAAGGGUAUCAACAGAAGCUACCGGCAGACGGUAGAUGAGAACGGCAAGUCGAGAAUCGAACGGGAAGCAGAAGAGAGAUAUCAAAAAUCAGCCAAGGCAUGCGACGAAGCCGUUCUCAAAAUGAUGGAAGAAGACUGGACAGUCGGCGACGUCCCAGAGACCUUCCGCCACGUCCGCAACAAGAAGUCCCCUCUCGCGCAGGAUCAAGCCACGGCGGCCCGUCAACCCCUCGGCGAAGUCAAGAAAGCCCAGGUCCAAAGCCAAGGUCCUGGAACCAUCAAAUCGCGAAAAGCCGCCUCUGCCCUCUCCGUCCCUUCCAAAGCCGCACCGCUCGCGCCCAAGUCGUCCAAGCCCAUCCCUACAGUAUCAUUCCUCUCCCGCCCAAAACGCACACCAGCCCCUGCUGUUUCCAGCAACGCCUCGACCAUGCGCCACGCCAUCGCCGAAGCCGCCUCCCGCUCUACAAUCGGAUACACCAAAGGGCGCUCUGCCUCUGGAAUCCUGCACACGCAACACCCUCCCACACCCGCUCCGAAGCUCGAGAGGGUCAUGCAAAGGAGUCCGAGCAACGUGUCGAUGGCCUCGGAUCAUACCAUCACGCCUGCGCGCUUCGCGAAGGAACGAGAGCCCGAGAGCGACUGGAAGAAGCCGAGUUUCCUGAAGGCGUUCGAGCAGGUUGAUGAUGAUGAUGAUGAUGAUCUGGAGCCGGGGUUACGAGGAGCCUUGCCGGAGUGUUUGAGGAGAGAGGAUGAGGAGGAUGAGGAGUUUGUCAUGACGCUUGGUGGGGGGUCGUAG